AUCUCGAGCUUUGCACCAGCAUCAGCUAGCAUGAAGCUACAGAAGAAUGGAGAUGAGAUCGAGGGGCAGCUCGAACCUUAGUCCAGUAAUAGCACAGCUCCAACGAAGGACUUAUGCAAUGUGGCAUCUUGCUCGGAGCUCAGGCUCUUCCAUGGACCUCUCACGCUGCCCGACUGCGGUGCCUUCAGGCGAAUAUUCUCGGGGAUCAGGCCAUCAUCCAGCAUUUACCCCGCGGGGCCAGGUACCAGAGCUCGCCGAAAUGUAACCAUCCAUUUCCGCCUCAUGCACUUCCCCUUCUGUCGGAAAUACGGAGCAUGAUUCGAGGGCGGAGGGAAGAAAGAGCAAAUGAAGGGCCAGUGGAAGAGCCAGGACCAACGGGAGAGCCAAAAACACACAAGAGGGAGGCUUCAGUUGGCGCAGUGUCUGCGGGGUGUCAGUGGUGGGCGGGCAGAGGCAGGCAGGCAUAGACGAGCUGCUGCAGUCAAAACGCGUGCAUUAUUUGCAGGGAUCGCUCCCCUCAGUUCCGCCCGUGCAACCCACCAUUGGGUCGGCCUUGUGCGACUUCGUCGAAUUUUGUUUACAAAGUGGCAUGAUGAUGUCUGCGCGGCGGGGUUCAGUUCGUUAGUCCUGGGUGGGCAAAUCCUUGGUGGCUGGCAUAUGUCGAUGCCUCUCAUCCGAUGGGGGGCGCAUAAUCAUCUAAUAAAUGCUCGAUAAUAAAGAUAGAUAUUACAGCCAGAGCCCAGAUCUCCCACUGCUUCAAGUUGUCAGGGAUUAUCACCACCCUGCAGAGAAAAUCCGCCAUGGGCACUUCAGUGAGCUCGCGACCGACGAUCGGAGAAAAGUGACACAACAAAUAAAAAGCGAUCAUUUCGUCGCAAACCCAUAGUCACCCUAACAGAUUCGUCUGAAGGCCUCUCCUAUCCACGGGGACAUCCUAGAGAAUGUCACUGCAUGAUGGCUCAGCUGAGGCGCAGGACGAGGUAUUUUGCAACAUGGUGCAUGCCACGCUACCUGCCAGUGCGCCGUCAAAGCUGGAACACACAAGGUAGCACUGCGAGCGUCCAGUGGCCAUGAACGCAUAUCUGGCGAAGCGAAGCAAUUACGCAAAUGUGGUCUGAUACCCACCAGGUUUGGGCUUGCAGGCAAAUCUUUGCGACGGCCGAGUACGGAUGACCACAUGCCAGCAGAUCAUACAAGACCCUUGUUGACGUCGAGACGACCGCAUGUGUGGAAAAAACACACCAAAGUCGUCCCCGCGCGGCGGCGAACCUCCGAACGUUAUUUGCAGAGCUCGGGCACCUGAAAUGAAAAGAAGGCCACAAGAGCAAUACAUACCCGCACACGCCUGAACCAGUUUGCUGAAGAGAGCGUCCCAGCUCAAUCUACAGUGAGUGCUCUGGAGACUGCUUAGAAAACAGAUGCGCUAUCGGCGACGAACUCUUGGGCGACUACCGUAUGCCAGCGCUCGGAGACACCGAUGCCGAAGCCUAGCAACAGCUUGGGAAAGGCUCCAGAGCCUAAUAUGCUGUUGCUGCUCUAUUUUGAGAGUUGUGCUUGUUCAACGUACAGCGUUGUAAAAUCUGGGCUCCUCCUGUCUCGCUAGUGGCUUCGUGUCGCCUUCUUGACGAGUGACGGUCCUUUCGCUUCAUCUCUUGCACAUCGCGUUCAGAAGGGUACGCUGCAUUCGGGCGAGAGCUGCCGCCUGCGCCUAACAUACUAGCAUGACCUCUCCCCCGCCAAUUGUUCGAGUUGUGGGCAGUUUGUUUGCACUGAAAACAUGAUGUCAAGUUCAAACAUUCCGGGCGCCAGAUCUAGACAACUGAGGUGGAAUGGAAGGUGGGUGUUACUCCGGCUGCCCAAAACGCGCAUUGGCGGUGCUCGUCCGAUGCGGUCGGCACACCCAGCAAUAAUAAAGACCAUCGACGAAAAUGCUUGGUCAUGCGAAUUCUGUCGCCGCAAGCAGACUCUGGCUUUGCGCCAGGGCUUAAUUGCGUGGUACGGCACAGGAAGUGGUUUGUUCCUUGGCAGCAGUCCGCGCCUCCUCUCCCUCCAUGGCCAGGGCAAUGGCACAAACAAAUCGCAGGUAAGUAAGCAGGCGCCUACAUUAUUGGUCCCUGACCAGGCAGGGAAUGUACUGUACAAUAUGUACAGGGACUGUAGGUAGUACUGUACUGUACUGUAGGCACCCCUCCUUCAAGUUGCAGUCGGAAAAAACCCCCCGCAGCCCGGGCGUUGGGUCGCUGACAGGCGUACGAACCCCCGCAAUCCCCGUUCCGAUAGACGAUGCCGAACCAAUUCAUCCCAAUAUUGCCUGGAAUUGCCUUGUGGAAAUGCCGCUGUCCACAGCCGCUGUCAUCCUUUAUAACUACAACUUGAGGUUCUGCCCUUAAGAGGUACAGAGUGCUAAUACUGAGUGUUUCUAGAGUUACAACGCCUGCAAGAAUCUGGGUCAGACUCGACCUGCUGAAUUUAUACCCAUCCAUCUUCGGGACGAGCCAACAUGGCUACCAAUGGCGCUAACGGCGCCUCCUUGUCGAAGUUCGACUCGUCUUCUACCAUUCCACUAUGGCUGGACGGUCAAGAAGUCAAACUCUCCUCAACGUUCGAUGUUGUCUCCCCUCUCGAUCACAAAGUUCUCUACCAAUGCUCCGCUGCCGACGAAGGAGACGCUCUGAAAGCCAUCGCAUCAGCAGAGAAGGCCUUCAAAACAUGGUCAAAGACGAAGCCGCACACGAGAAGAGACAUUUUUCUUAGAGCUGCAGAGGGUUUCAAAAAGAGGAGGGACGAGCAGUUACACUAUGCCAAUACAGAGACGGGGUUGCCCGAGUCCAUGUUUGGCUUUGAACAUAACCUGGCCUACGAGGCCUGUAAGACCGUUGCAGGCUUGAUUCAAGUGGCCACCACUUCGAGCAUGCCGGUCGUUUCGGAGGAGGGUAGCAGCGCGCUGGUGCUGAAAGAACCAUACGGUGUGGUCCUGGGCAUUGCGCCCUGGAACGCUCCCCAUGCUUUGGGAGUGCGCGCCUGUCUGCAACCUCUGGCAAUGGGUAAUACAGUCAUCCUCAAAGGUCCCGAAGCAUCCCCGGCGGUGUACUGGGCCAUUGCCUCAGUCUUCCACGAAGCUGGGCUGCCAGCAGGUUGUCUCAACACCAUCUACCAUAGACCCGCAGAUGCUGCAAAAGUUACUAGUGCUCUGAUCUCCCAUCCAGCCGUCAAAAAGAUCAACUUCACCGGCUCUACCGCUGUGGGCUCCAUCGUGGCGUCUCUCGCCGGCAAGCACCUCAAGCCAACAGUCAUGGAGCUUGGUGGCAAGGCACCCUCCAUAGUCUGCGAAGAUGCCAAUAUCGAGACAGCAGCGUUCCAGUGUGCGCUGGGCGCUUUCCUUCACGCCGGCCAGAUCUGCAUGGCCACAGAGCGGAUUCUGGUCAAUGCCAAAAUUGUCGAUCAGUUCCGGUCGGCGCUCAAAGCCACCAUGGAAAAGGUGUUCAGCGACGAGGGCAUGGGUGUUCCGCAACUCGUGUCGGCGGUGCCAGUCGAGAAGAACAAGAAGCUCUUGGCCGAUGCACUCUCCAAGGGUGCCAAACCUGUCUAUGGGGACCCGGACCACAGCGAAUCCUCCAAGACUAAGAUGCGACCUGUUGUCGUCGAGAACGUCAAGCCGGGCAUGGACCUUUACCACACCGAAUCUUUCGGCCCGACAGUAUCCCUGUUGGUGGUCAACUCGGACGAAGAGGCCAUCGAAAUCGCCAACGAUACCGAAUAUGGUCUAUCCAGCGCGGUUUUCACUGAAGAUCUGCGACGAGGACUGCGCAUUGCCCGUGAAAUCGAAACCGGCGCCGUGCACAUCAACUCGAUGACCAUCCAUGAUGAAGCCGCGCUACCACAUGGCGGGGCAAAGAAGAGUGGGUUCGGGCGAUUUAACAGUCUGCAGGGUCUCGAUGAGUGGGCGAGGACCAAGGUCGUGACAUGGAAGGAUUGAUUGAGUGAGGGCGAAAGGGUCUAUCAGAAAAUGUAUGAACCGUCUCCAUAGUGCCGUCCUGCUCAACCUUCGGAUACCGGGCCAUUAUUGAAGCAACGCGAUAUCGUCAUCUUGACCACCUCUUUUAUUGUUGGUGUCAAGCCUGCUAUCUACAGGACCUGUCUAUUUAUGUCGUUAUCAGUCGUCUUAUAAUUUGGGCGUAUCUGUCAAGUUUUCGUAGCCAUCUUCCGUAAUGUGGAUGUCAUCCUCGAUCCGGACCCCGCCCACAGCCCAAUACCUGUCCAGCACGGUCUUGUCGAUAUACUUGCUCAACUCUGGAUCGUCCAGGACAGGGUCGAGGAUGAAUUUACAGAAAUAGAUACCGGGUUCAACCGUGAUGACGGCGCCAGCAGGCACGUUCCCUCUGACUCGCAGAUACUUGAACAUGGUAUCCGGG